AUGAAGAUCUUGUUUUUAUUGCACCCUACAGUAGUUACAGACCAAGAUCAAGUCUUGGAAAGCAAAUCUAAGCUACCACCGAAUGCAGAGGUGAACCAACAAGUAAUAGAUCGAGUAGCAACGGGGAAAGUCAGUUUGGACAAGGAUCAUUAUGAUAAGGUAAUAUAUUUCAACCCCAAUAAAGAAAGGAGUCUUCCAGCUCUGACCAUGAAGAUUAUAUACGACAGCUUGAAGUCAGAUGGCGUAUUUAGUGGAGACUUACCGCAGGACCAAGAUUUGGAUGUCAUGAUGACUGGAUUUGUCAUCGACGCGAAUAGGGAAUGGGUGAAGCCUAAGCAGAUGGAAGCGGUUACUUUAAAAAGGAAAAAGGCAGGUAAUAAAGUAAGUUCCUCACUUAUCAAGAAAGCUGGCGCGUCUCUGGUUUCUGGCUUGACUGACUCUUCUGCUUCCAACUCUGAUGAGGACAAUGUGAUGAAGAAAAAAUUAGAGGAGACCAAACUAGCAUAUUUUAGUGACUCUGAUGAGGAGUCUGAUAAUGAUUUGAUAAACGAAAACGAAUUAAUUAAGGACUCGCUAAGUAAUGAUUUAAUUAUUCCUCAAAAAUGUCAAUUACCGAAUGGAAAGAGAAGGAGGAGAGCAUGCAAAGACUGUACGUGUGGAAUGAAAGAAUUAGAGCAGCAAGAAGAAGAAUCUCAGAGAUCAUUACAGGAUUCAAUCUUAGGUAAAAUGGCACAGAGUGCUACUCAGGAGGCUAUCAAGAUUGAGGAGAAAUUGAAGCAACAGGUCAGAUUGAGUCAUGAUGAUGUUACAGAGAUCGAUUUUACCGUACAAGGUAAAACUGGUGGCUGUGGUUCUUGUGCAUUGGGUGACGCUUUCAGGUGUGAUGGCUGCCCUUAUUUAGGUUUACCACCAUUCAAGCCUGGUGAAGUUGUCAGGAUUGACGACUUUGGGGAGGAUAUAUAA